GGGUUGGUGCCGAUGCAUUUUGUAUCCAGGAUCAAACGGAGUGAAAGUGGAGAUAGCUCUCUCUCUUUCUAUCCUUACCACGACCUGCACGGAUUCGCGAGUGGUCACUCGUCUUCCUUUAUCGAGACCGUCUUGCCGUCCAGUUUAUUUUUUUUUAUUUUUUUAUGUGGUGUGUGUGUGAAUUAAAAUAGAAUUAGAACGAUGCGUUACCUAAUCCUGCUGCUAUGUAUACUUGGAGCGUGGUCGCACACGUUAGAGCAGAAAGCUGAUGGUAACAAAGAGAAGAACCUGAUUGAAUGGAUUAAUAACUGGAUUGGCGGCACGACCAGUUCGCCUGUGUAUCCUCCAGUGACACCAUCUAAUGACCCUCCUGAAGACUGUCCUGCUUGUCAAUGUGGUAUAGCCCGCACUCGUCGGCGUAUCAUAGGUGGUUCUGAAACGAAAACGUUAGAGUUGCCUUGGAUGGUAGCUCUUAUGUACGGCGGUAGAUUCUACUGUGGAGGUUCGCUUAUAUCUGAUCUAUAUGUGCUAACCGCUGCGCAUUGUACUUCUGGUUUCCGCAAAGAAAAGAUGACCAUCCGCCUGCUAGAACACGACCGAUCCCAGCCAAAUGAUACGAAGACCGUGGACAGAAACGUAUCUCGCAUCAUUAGACAUAGGCUAUACAAUCCUAACACCUAUGAUAACGACAUCGCGAUCCUGAAAAUGGACAAACGGAUCGACCUCAGCAACGCUUUGAAGAAACGUGCAGGCGCGGGCGUCGACGACACUUCAGAUGAGAAUGACAUCGGAGCAAGGCCAGUUUGCUUGCCGGCCGCUAACUCGAACUAUAAUAACGAAACCGGGAUGGUCUCUGGGUGGGGAACCACGGAGGAAGGCGGAUCUGUGUCUAACACACUUCAGGAGGUCCAAGUACCGAUAAUGUCAAACUCGGCCUGCCGUAUGACAUCAUACGGCAACCGUAUAACGGACAACAUGAUCUGCGCGGGCUACGACGAGGGCGGCCGUGACGCUUGUCAAGGGGACUCCGGCGGCCCUUUGCAUGUACUGAAUACGAACGCGGCUUACGAAGUUGUUGGUGUGGUAUCCUGGGGAGAAGGAUGUGCGAGACCAGGAAAGCCGGGUGUCUACGCUAGAGUUAACAGAUACUUGACAUGGAUCAGCAGCAACACUAAAGACGCUUGCUAUUGCGACUAAUUGACGAUUAAACUGGAAAAUUCCAUGAUAAGAUAAGAAAAUGGCAAUCAAUUAUACGCAAAUUGGGCAAACUGAAAUAUAUUUUAUAGACAAUUUUCAAUGAAGGUCAUUUAUUAAGAGUAAAUGUCAUCAUUGGUCAUCAACAGCCUUGAUAGCAUUUCAAGAAAUAGUGUAAUCACACAAAUCAAUUUGUAUUUAAUUUUAAUGUUUAUUUUUAUGAAAUCUUUAUGAUAAUGUUUAUCUGUUAUGUGUAUAGAAAUUAUGUAAAAGAUUGAAAAGAUGUAAUUAUUUUUUAUCCUAGCUAAUUAGGAAGAACAAUGAAAUCUAGGUGUAAGUAUUUAUUUAAAUUAUUGAAAACUAAAUUAUUAUUUACAAUGCCAACGUGUCUUAUGUUAAUUAUCUCACUAAUUAAUAUUUUGAGCAUUUUUAUAUAUAUAAGAUAAAUAUAAUAUAUUUAAGAUAAGUAAAUUAGGUAAUAAUGUUCUUAUUGUCCUUUUUUAAUGUUUUUAACUAGUAACAAAAUGAAAUAAUAAAGAAUAAUAAUUU